UAGGAGCUUCUUCUUUCAUAUUUUGCACUCUAACUCCUAAUGGCAUUAGCAACCAUAGCUUCCUUUCCUUCAAUCAAAUUCAACACUACUCACCAAAACAAUUCUUUGAUCUUUCUACCAAAACAACACCACAGCCAUAGAAUCUGUAAAUUAAGAAGAAUUCAAUGCAAUGGAACAGGACAUAAUCAACAAGAAGAGUCUCAAAAACCACAGAACAAUAACAAUAAUAAUAACAAUGCAUUGUUAAAGGUAGCAUGGUAUGGUUCUGAGCUUCUUGGCAUUGCUGCUUCUGCUUUGAAGCCAUCUUCUAAUGAGAAAGCUCCUCAGAGGCUUCUUGAAUCCAUUGAUCGUGAUGCUGUUGUGGAUACUAUCAAACAAGAUUUUCAAAGGUCCUACUUUGUCACAGGUGAUCUCACAUUAAAUGCUUAUGAAGACGACUGCGAAUUUGCGGAUCCAGCAGGAUCCUUUAAAGGGCUUCAGCGUUUCAAAAGGAACUGCACUAACUUUGGAUCCCUUUUGGAGAAGUCAAAUAUGAAGCUCAUGAAAUGGGAAGAUUUUGAGGAUAAAGGAAUAGGCCACUGGAGAUUUAGUUGUGUCUUGUCAUUUCCUUGGAGGCCAAUACUUUCUGCAACUGGAUACACAGAAUAUUAUUUUGAUCCACAAUCAGGAAAAGUAUGUAGGCAUGUGGAGCAUUGGAAUGUUCAGAAAAUGGCUUUGUUCAAACAAAUUCUUAAGCCUAGCAGGGGAUUUGGAUUAAAAGACUAUAUGAAUAGAUGGUUGAAAGCAUUUCAAGUGAAGAUUUAGAUUACUAUGGUUUGGGGGUGAGUGUGUCAACAUUUCAAGUCUCAAGUUAGAGCUUUAUAAAGCUGGAAAAUUUGGAUGCAUGAUGUAUGCAACAUGAUGAAGAUGGAAAGAGGAUCAAUUUGAGUAGCAAAAUGAUAUCUCCACUCAUUUGGUAUAGGAUAUCGUGUCGAUUCAUGGUUCAUUAGCUAUUGUAAUCUAGUUAAUGAGCCAGGUCGACACGAUGUCACUUGUUAUUGAUCAUGAUUACUAUAUUGACCCGAAGAACUAAUUCUUAGAAUUGUAUAUGCUAGGAACUCACUAGAUGGUGGAAAUCUCAUGUAAAUAUAUGGUUUCCAGAGAAUUAUGUGUUCAUGAAAGUAGCUUUUGUUAGAAGAAAAGUAUUUGCUGCUGAAA